CAUAUGGCUCAAAAGACUAGCUUCGCCUGAAGUGUACAGUUCAGUCGUAUCAGCUCAGUCGAAGCAAGUGGAUCGGAACAGAAUUUGCGCGUUGCGAAAAUUAGUGCAUUGUCGAAUAAGGCUUACGAUACCGAUAGAAAAAGGAAAUCGCGAGAGAGAUUGAACUUGCACGAGUUACCAUAGUAACCCCAGAGGUAGGCCGGUUUGAGAGAAGCAUAGAAUCAUAGCGUAGUUUUCUCACAAUCAGUUCCAUGUGCACGUGUGCGUGCGCAUAAAAGUGCGAUGAGAUAUGAGUUGUUUUGCCGAAAUGUUGUGAAAUAUACAUUCAUUAAAAAUUACCUUGAGUAACUAGAAGGUCAGUAGUGAGUUGUGAUAAAGUACCUACGGAAACCCAUCCAUCGGCGUAGUAUUAAUUGAAUUGAAGAAUCGGACAUAACCCCUUUCAAGGUUUUGGCACAACAUGAGUUCAGCUGCUCGAGGGGAAAACGCUGUCGAGCCUUGCGCUGAUGUGCUUGUUACUACGAAUCCAUCCAGCAGCGGAGAUGAAAUCACCCGCACUUUAUCAUACCCUAAAUCCGAGUUUGCGCCAUCAAUAAACGCUCCCGGUAAAGUUUUGUCUGAAAAUGACAACAGCAUAAAACACGGAUCGCCCUGGCGACGGAAACAGCUGCAGGAUAUCAACCCGGACGGGAGCUUAGAUUUAAGCAAAUUGUACAUGCGACGGAACUCUAGCUACGGAAAAAUGUCCUCGGAUACACCCGAAGCGAAGGUGUUGGUGAUCUAUACGGGUGGAACGAUUGGAAUGAUGCGAAAUGAGAAUAAUGCCCUGGAACCACGCCCGAACGAGUUCAUCCGGAAGAUUCGCAAGUACCCGAACAUGCACGAUGACGUCUACGCGAGCAAACGAUUCGGCCCGGCUAAGAACAUGGCCCCACUGGCGCUACCUUACGUCGAAGGUCAGCACCGCCGGAUUCUGUACCAAAUCUCCGAGUACGAACCAUUGCUGGAUUCCUCAAAUAUGGGCGUUUCCGAUUGGGUUCACAUCGCUACCGAUAUUCAGCAGUCGUACGAGUUCUUCGACGGUUUCGUGAUACUGCAUGGUACGGAUACUAUGGCGUACACUGCAUCGGCUCUGUCGUUCAUGUUUGAGAAUCUAGGAAAGACGGUGAUUAUUACCGGUUCGCAAAUACCGAUCUUCGAAACUCGAACCGAUGGAAACGACAAUUUCACUUCGGCUCUGAUCCUAGCGGGAAACUACAUAAUACCGGAAGUCUGCGUGUUCUUCAAUAGCAAACUGUUCCGUGGCAAUCGAACGGUCAAGGUCAGCAGUGAGUCGCUGGAUGCUUUCAAUUCACCGAAUACCGCUCCCUUGGCUAAAAUGGGAAUUAAUGUGGAAGUGGACUACCGGUUGAUCUUCCGACCGUGCACUAUGGAAAAAUUCACCGUUCAUACACGGCUUGCAGAAAACGUUGGCUUACUACGACUGUUUCCGAGCAUUUCCACGGCAGCUGUUAAAGCAUUCCUGAAUCCUCCGAUGAACGGGGUGGUUUUGCAGACCUAUGGAAGUGGGAAUAUUCCGAUUAAUCGUUCUGAAUUGGUCGAAGCGCUGCGAGAGGCUACCGAUCGAGGAGUGCUAGUGGUCAACUGUACGCAGUGUAGCGAGGGAUCGGUUUGUGAAUUGUACGAAACCGGGAGGUUAUUGCAAGAAAUUGGGGUAAUUCCGGGAUAUGAUAUGACGCCGGAAGCGGCUCUAGCUAAGCUUGCGUACGUACUGAGUAAGGAGGAUUGGAGUCAGGAUACGAAGAAAAUGAUGAUGAAAAGCAAUCUCCGAGGUGAGCUGACCCGCGAGAAGACUCCGGAGAUGCAGGAAUAUGAUCUGAUCGACGCUGUUGCCAGGACGCUUCAGUUAAAUUCAGCUAAAGAGCUUAGUCAACUGAAGUCUUCCCUUUUCCCAGCCAUGGUGAAUACGGCCGUCAUUGCUGGCGAUGUUAGCAAGCUCAAUAACUUGAAAGGUUAUGGUGCCGAUCUAUCCAUGGAGAACUACGACCGUAGGACGGCACUUCACGUAGCAUGUUGCGAAGGGAACUUUGAGGUUGUCCAAUUUUUACUGCAGAAUGGAGCAGCCGUUCAUGUUCGUGAUCGGUUCGACAGGACGCCGUUGAUGGAUGCCAUUCUGUAUGACCACCAUCAGAUUAUUCGACUUCUGGUCAAGUGUGGAUCCCAUCUGACCGGAUCGAUACGAGCGAUCGGUGAGAAUCUGUGCAGUGCAGCUGCGAGGAACCUGCUGACGCGGCUCGAGUCAUACCGAAUCGCUGGAGCUGAUCUGUCUCAGGAGGAUUCCAGUGGCCGAACAGCACUCCACGUCGCAGCUAUGUACGGGAACAUGAAUGUUGUUAAAUAUUUGAUUAAACACUACGCGGAAAUCGAUGUCGUCGAUUAUCUAGGACUGACUCCUUUGGAUUACGCCAUAAGGCUGAAAAAUCAAGAGGUAAUCGAUUAUCUGCUCGAAAAAAGAGCAAAACUAGGUGAAGAAUUGGACGAACUAGAUAGCAAACGGCCGGAGCAGUUCGAGUCAUUUGAAAUGUAAUACUUUUAAUCAAUGAGUCGAAAAUAAAAUGAAAUCAUUUUGCGGUUGUCUACAUCUAAAAA